AUGGGAAACGGUCUAAAGCUUUUCAAAGAAGAACCUCUUUCAUUUGUUUACGAGCCUCUCAUUAACCCUCCAAUUUCAGAAAUGGAGGAAGAAAACGAGAAUCUGAGAGUCUUUAGCUUCAAGGAAUUGAAGAAAGCAACGAAGAACUUUAGCCGAGAUAGGGUCGAAAUUGGCGAGGAUAUCUCUGUUCGAAAAUUCUACAAGGGAUACAUCACUAAGACCACAUUUGCAACAUCAAGAACUGAAACCGGCAUUGCUGUUUAUGUCGUUGAAUGUCCUAAAGAUAGGUCACAGGCUCAACAAGAGUGGAUGGACAAAGUGAAGAAGUCUCUAGGCCAAUUUUCUCAUCCAAACUUGGUCAAACUUUUGGGUUACUGUUGUGAAGAUAACAAAUCACUUUUUUUGGUUUUUGAAUACUUGCACAAAGGAAGUUUGGACCGUUACAUUUUCGGAAACGAAGUAUUACCAUGGGAAUUACGGGUUAAUAUAGCCAUUGGAACAGCUAAAGGUCUUGCAUUUAUCCACUCCGUCAAGAACAGCUCGGUACACCUAGAAAUCAGAAUGCAUAAAAUUAUGCUUGACGAGCAAUACAAUGCAAAAUUGUUUUAUUGUGAUUUAAACCAAAAAUGUUUGGUAGACGAAAAGGGUCGAGUACUUGCUGGAGGAUUUGGAUACGUAGCUCUUGAAUUGGCAAUGACAGGCCAUAUUGGAACCGAGGCCGAUGUUUACACAUUUGGUGUGAUCUUGCUUGAGCUCUUAACUGGUCUCAAAGCUUUUGAUACAGAAAGGAGUGAUGACAAGCGAAGCUUAGCUGUCUGGACUAAAUCUUACUUGUCCAAUAAGAUUGGAGAAAUAAUCGAUCCACGAUUUGGGAACGAUUAUCCCGUGAAUGCAGCGACACAGAUGGGCAAACUCAUCAAAAGAUGCAUCGCGCAGGACAAAAAUAAGCGACCAUUGAUGCAACAAGUUUUGGAUGGUCUGAAUGAUAUUGCAGAGAUGAAGGACUGA